AUGAACACGAAUAGAUAAAUUUAAAGUAAACAAUUUAUCUUGCGUGAUAUUAUUACGUAAAUUUUGUAUUAUAACUUCAAUUUCAGGGUAUUUCUGUCCAAAUAAUAUGUUUUACUGAAAACAUUUUCCGUAUGGUUUCAUCUACCUUCGAACUUUGGAAUAAUUCAGUUACCAAUAACCCUACAUCCAAUGGCAGUUCUGUGAAAAAUUUUGUGUACAGGUCAUCAAAUGCCAAAUUAUGCCAACGAUCGAAGGUAUCGGUGACGAAGUCGUUCAUUUCUUCAUCGGAUUGGGUAUAGUUUUCAUAUGUUUAUUGUUAUGGCUAACUACACGAGUACGAAACGCAGACGAGCCCUUCUUCAGGACGGUCUACGUGUUAGAAAGACGAUACCGACGAACUAACGUAACCAAUGAAGGAACUAGGAUACAAAGUAUUACCGAUCAAGGCGCCGAAGGCGAUCAUGUAGGAGAUCCUUUACCUGUAGAAGCAUCGAAUAGUCAAUCUACAGUUACCAUAAAACAAACUACAUCGAACGAUAACGCCAAUUUUCAAAAUGGUGAUCAAACUGAUGCAGCAGUUUCCGGACCUUGCGGUGAAGAAAGUGUUUUACGCAGACGUAUGGCAUUUUUCAAAGCCGGAUCUCAUAAUACGAGUACAUCUAGUGAUAAUGCAGCUGCUAGGAAUUCACGUCCUGAUGACGAAAACGUAGAUAAUCAAUCCGAAGCAAAUAAUAUUAAAGUUAGAUUAAAAUAUUUGAACGAUGAUUUACGUAUAGUAGAUGGAAGAUUGCACGAACGAUUAUUAGAUUUCAAAAAACGAAACUUCCCGACUGAACUGACCGCCAAUAAGUUGAUCCGAUUAAUAUUUAAUGGUCGAGCUUUACGAGACGAUAAUCUAUCCCUCCAAAACUACGGAUUCUUCGAUAACUGCGUCGUUCACUGUGUAAUUCAGAACGAAAGAUCGCAAUCGCCUCCGAAUUCCGAUUCACAAGAGCAGUCUCAACAGUUCUCAGCGAAUAACGAACAAACAACGUCACCGGAGUGGAAUUUGAGUAAAUUGUUGUGUUUCAUAAUCGUGGCCAUAUUAUCAUUAGCAUGGUAUUGCAGAUUUCAGUUCGCCGCAUUAUUUACAUUCACUUCAACUUCGUUUCUUCUUGGCUUGACUGUUGUAUUCUUUUGUUCUGUAUUUGGUAGACUUUACGUCGAUUCUGUGCCUAUCAAUAGCGUAGGAUAAUCUCCAACGCUAUUGGAAAAUCUUAAAUAUUACAUUAUUCUGCUUAUACAAGUACUUGUUCGAAUACCUAUUUUUUUUUCGCUGCAUUUCACCCAUUUUUAAAUGAUAGAAAAACAUUGUAAGUAUCCUGAAACGCAGCAUACUGUUUUCGAUGUGUGUUACGAGAAACGACAUGUGUUCGAUUCAUUUUACAGCUAAAUAAAAUUUCGUCAUUUUAUAGACACGCCGAAAUUUGUAUUGAAUUUUUUUUCAUUCGCAGUAAUUACAUUUUUUAAUGUACUUAUGUAUUCUGUAUAAAUGUUCGACUAUUUUUUUUUUCUAUUAUUAUUUUUGUUGUUAGUCAUAUUACGCGUUUGUAUACCUAUACCAUGUGUUAUGAUAAAACCUAUAAAAAAAAGUUGUUUCAUUUGCAUUA